GCGCAGCAUGAGCCGCAUCACUUCCUGGUUGCUACAGCUCUCAGAUUAUGAUGUGAAUGUCAGCAGCCACGGUCCACAUUAUGGUUUAGGUUGCUUCCAUUCAUCUCCAGCUGCUCAAUGAACACUGUUGUCGUCCCUCCAGCGCCGGCUGAAGCUUUAUGAGAGGAAGCUCGAGGGUCCAGGUGCAGCCAUGCCUGUCUCCCUGCUGUGGGCGGUGGAUGUUUAUGGGCGGGUCUACAGCCUGUCUACGGCGGGGCAGCAGUGGGAACAGUGCCGCGAUGCCCAGAUGGAGUUCAAGCGGGUGACAGCGGCUCAGCAGUGCUGCUGGGGCAUCGCCUGCGACAACAACAUCUACCUGAACGUCCACGCGUCUGACCUUCCUGUCCGCUACCAGGAGGAGACCUACGAGAAUCAAAGGUGGAAUCCCGUUGAUGGUUUCUCAGAGCGUUUGCUGCCGAGCGACCGCUGGCAGUGGAGUGACGUCACAGGGCUGCAACACCAACCUCUGGACAGCUUCCAGCUCCCCUCCAGCAGCUGGGAGUGGGAGGGCGACUGGUACGUGGAUGAAAACUUUGAGGGAGAGCCCACAGAGAAAGGGGGAUGGAGCUACGCCAUUGAUUUCCCCGCCACCUACACCAAAGACAAGAAAUGGAACUCCUGUGUCCGUCGCAGGCGAUGGCUCCGCUACAGGAGAUACAAAGCCAUGGACACCUGGGCUAAGAUUCCCUCUCAGCAGACGACUCUACCAGACCCUUUCAGCGACAUCAGCUGUGGAGGAUGGGAGAUCAGUGAGGAGCCCAGAGGCCGGUUGUCGCUGUGGGCAGUGUCUCUGCAGGGCAAGGUGUGGUUCAGGGAGGGAAUCUAUCACCACAAUCCUGAGGGCUCCUCAUGGGAGGAGGUGCUUCUCCCAGGGGAGGUGGUUCAGAUCAGUUGUGGCCCAGGUGACCUGGUGUGGGCCGUGCUGUGGGAGGGACAGCUCAUUGUCAGGGAGGGAAUCAGCAGAGAUUGCCCCAAAGGUAGCUCCUGGGCUGUGGUGGAGUCUCCGAGCCCUGAUGUGGGAGCGAUACAUGUAGCCGUGGGAAUCAACGUUGUCUGGGCUGUGACCAAGGACAACAAAGUUUGGUUCAGGCGUGGCGUGAACUCUCACAACCCCUGCGGCUCCGGCUGGAUCAGCAUGGUUGGAGAAAUGAUCACCAUCAACGUAGGACUGAACGACCAGGUGUGGGCUCUUAACUGUGAGGAUCGAGCUGUAUACUUCAGACAGGGUGUGACCUCCAGUGAACUGAGUGGGAAAACUUGGAAGGCUAUCACUGUUCCUCGCGACGGAGACCGAUCCCACUCCAGCGCCAGUGCAAACAGCCUGCAGAGCGCUGGAUGCUAUUUCUGUGGUGAGGUGCGUGCUCAGUCGGUUGUCAGCGACGUAGAAUCAGAUACGGAGAAAGGAUCUGCAGAUGGAGCAGGCUGCCAUGCUGCCUCCGCUUCCCCGGAGUCAUUUGUUGACGUCCCCACAGACUCAUCUAACCCACCCGCUGACCCUCCCAAGCCCCGCAUCCCCAAGGUCACUAGCGACAGCUUCAUCUCCGAACUCGUCUCUGAUCGAGAGCCGGGAAAGAGCUCCAGAGAUAUCGGAUCAGCCCCUCCUGCUGUCCCAGAAGAGGAGAGCAUCCCUGGAGAAGGAGAGGACAAAGCUCCCUGUGCUGGUUCAGCUCUUUCUCCUAGUCAGUCUGGAGGUCCUCUUGAUCCGCAGUGGAGUAAUGUGGAUCUGGAGGAGGCUCAGCAGGCUCAGACUGUCGCAGCGCAGGACGCAGCCGACACAUGCAGCCUGUCAUCAGUAGCCACCUACACCCUGGCCAUGGAGGACCCGUAUGGGGCAGAUGAGCACCCUCUGUGGGCGUGGGUCAGUGGGGGAGGCUGCUCUGUGGACAGUCACUCCCAACUCAACUGGUUUAACUUCUCUAUGAACAAUUCAACUUUGGUUUCAUCAGUCCAGUCCAUGAGUCUGUCAGUCAGCCCAGCCCAGACGGCAGCUUGGCGCAGACAAAUCUUUGAGCAGCUCAGUGAAAGGACCAAGAGAGAGAUGGAUAAUUUCAGACAUUAUGAACAAGCCAUAGAACAGUCUGUGUGGGUGAAGAAGGGAACCAUGCAGUGGUGGAGAGACUGGAAACCACACAAGUGGAUAGAUGUUCAUUUUGCCUUGGAGCAGUUCUCAGGGCCAGAUGGCAACAAGGACGGCAUCUUGUUCAUCUAUUACAACUACUAUGAGGAGAAGAAGUACCUGCACGCCUUCAUCAAUGAGGUGACCAUCCUGGUUCCUGUGCUGAGUGACUCCAAACACACUUUUGCCAUCUACACUCCUGAGCGGACCAAACAGAGGUGGCCAAUCAGACUGGCAGCUGCCACAGAGCUGGAAAUGCAUGACUGGCUGGCACUGUUGAGUGUGUCGUGCUGUGACUCCAGGGGGAUCCACGGUCCUCCCUCCAAACAGGCCAUCUGGUCCAUCACCUGUAAAGGAGACAUAUUUAUCAGUGAGCCGUCUCCAGGCCUAGAGGCCAUGCCUUACCCGACACCCUGUGACCAAAUGUUCUGGCGGCAGGUCGGAGGCCACCUGCGUAUAGUGGAGUGUAACAGCGUUGGGAUAGUGUGGGGCAUUGGCUAUGACCACACAGCCUGGGUCUAUACUGGGGGGUACGGAGGGGGCUUCUUUCAGGGACUGGCCAGCAGCACAGAUAACAUUUACACUCAGACGGAUGUCAAGAGUGUCUACAUCUAUGAGAACCAGAGGUGGAACCCCGUCACCGGUUAUACCAACAGAGGUCUACCAACAGACCGCUACAUGUGGAGCGAUGCAUCGGGACUACAUGAGUGCACAAAGACAAAUACAAAACCUCCCUCACCUCAGUGGACAUGGGUGUCGGACUGGACUAUCGACUACAGCGUCUCCGGAGGGACGGACAGAGAAGGAUGGCAGUUUGCAGCUGAUUUUCCUGCGUCGUAUCACGGCUAUAAAACGAUGAAGGACUUUGUGCGUCGUAGGCGAUGGGCCAGGAAGUGUAAAUUGACCACCACAGGACCUUGGCAAGAAAUCCCACCCAUCCCACUGAGUGACGUGACCAUCCUGCCGUGCACGGCUCAGAGCAGCGUGGACGUGGUUCCUGUGUGGGCGAUAAGCAACAAGGGAGACGUGCUUUGCCGACUGGGAGUCACUGCAGUGACACCUGCUGGAUCCUCAUGGCUCCACGUGGGAACUGACCAACCUUUCAAGUCCAUCUCCAUCGGGGCUGCCAGCCAAGUUUGGGCCAUCGCCAGGGAUGGCUCAGCCUUCUACAGGGGAUCUGUUUCAGCACAGAGCCCUGCAGGAGACUGUUGGUAUCACAUCCCCUCUCCAGCCAAGCAGAAGCUGAAGCAGGUGUCUGUUGGGAGGACGUCAGUCUACACUGUUGAUGAAAAUGGUAACCUUUGGUACCGACAGGGUGUGACCCCCAGCUACCCUCAGGGCUCCUCAUGGGAACACAUCUCUAACAAUGUGCGCAGAGUCUCUGUAGGGCCUCUGGACCAGGUGUGGAUCAUAGCAGACAAGGUGCAGGGCAGCCACAGUCUGAGCUGUGGGACAGUGUGCCAUCGACUCGGAGUCCAACCCAUGGAGCCCAAAGGACAGUCGUGGGAUUAUGGCAUUGGGGGUGGAUGGGACCACGUCACAGUAAGAGGAAACUCUGUUGAGCCGCCUCGCCUCCGUCUCCCCUCUCUAACAGACCCGUCCACUCGGAGCCCUGUCCCUGUCAGGAACACGGAGGUCAACGGUGUAGGAAGCUAGACAUUUGUGCACAUGUACUAUACGUAGCCAUCCGAACCCAGAUUACCUUUGUAGUAGUUUUUUUUUUUUAAUUUAAAACCAAUUUUAACACUGAAGUAGCGGACAGAUUCUAGCCUUCACAUCACCCGAGCCAGUGUAACACCAUAGUCACUUCUUGACAAUCAGAGCCGAUAACUUAGAUGCUGAGCAGAUUUUGUCCCUUGGUGUCUGAGUUCUAACUUUAGUCUCUUGACCUGAAUUAGUUUCAGUUUGCUGAGCAUUCAUCUCUUCGGUACGGGCAUUUCUGUGUAAUUCUUCACUCAUGUUGUUUGUCUUUGACACUGAACUUGAUGGUCUUAAUGCACUUUUUUCUUAUUUAUUACUAAAAUGUGACGUUUCUGAUUUUUGUGUUUUCUGUGUAUAGAACGCUACAUCAGGUCAAGGUGUGAUGUUUUAUAAAACUUUUUUUUUUAAAUAAUAGAAAGAUAAGUGUAUUUGAACCAUAGUUAAAUAGCUGCUGAACUACGAGCUCCAGGGAUGAUAUUGUACAGAAAUAAAAUUAUGUUCUAUCUUAGCCUGCAGGACAAGAGGUCAGUGCACAACAGAAUGAAAGCUGGAUAAAACUGGUCAGAACAACGUUUCAUCCAUGUUUCCUUAGCUGCUUAUCUGACUCACCGCUGUAUAACUUAAGACUACUUCACAAAAUAGGGCUUUUAGGUUUACUACAUGCAGUUAUCUUGCCAGCCUGUAUGGUGGAAACUUAUGUGAAUCUGAGUUUGGACGGGGAAGAGGAAACCACCAUGUCUGAGUGUGAUAGGCUGAGAUAUUAGUACUGUACAAACCUGGCAUACACCCUAAAACACACCUUGCUGAAAGCUUUAAUCUGUUCUAAUGAACCAAAUUUAUGAGACUCAAACAUUUUUGUAGGGAAAAACUGAUUGUGUUUCUUAAAUAAGCAUAGAGGUUUAUCCAUUCACUUCAAGGAGCCACUAUGUAGUACCUGUAACAAGACCUGCACCAACUAAAUUCACUUUUGGUGGUUCUCUUUCUUUUCUCUUACACUGAACUUGUGUUUUAUAAAGAUUGUUAUUUUCUAAAAAAAUACAUGUAUAUAUAUCUAUAUAUAUUAUGUUGUUAUGGAGUAUGUGCAAUGGUGCGUUGUAAAUAAGGGAAAAGUGUGGAUUACUUGUAAAAGUCUUGUGGUUGAAAUGCUAAAACUGAACCUUCCUCUUUCUCAGGAGUGUGUUUGCAUUUGCAUGCUGCCUACUUCCUGAUGGUGGUAGAAUGACUGAGCAGUAAGAAAUAAUUUAAAUAAAAAAACACCCUAUUUUUGUUAUGAAGCUGUAAGAUAUUAGUAUUAUACAGGUAGUUCUGUGGUCAUGGUGAUGGUACUAUAUAAAGAAAGAAAAAUGUAUUGACUAAGAGCAAUUGAUUGAAAGAAGUAGAGUUUUCCAUCAUACUAAUGAAUUGGGAUCAUUUCAGGCAUUAAUUUAUUUCACUGGCUGCUUAUAUACUUUCGAAAUUUGCUGAGGCAUUUGUAAAUGUUGGACAUGUACAGAAAUCUGUGUAUUAUCUGUGAAUAAUGAGAAUCACAAAAUGUACUGUAGUGGUGUGGGCUCCAUUUGUGCAUGGUCAAAAAAAACACUCCGUGUCAAUAAAUAAAUGUUUUUAUUGAUAA